UCCCUCUAUAAAUUGUGUCUACUCCUUUCACACUGUUAAUCGCCCAACAAAAUCAUCAUAGUUACAAAAUAUUAUCGUAUUAUCUACAUCACUCAAAUGGCUGCUUCACUUGCACUCAGAAGAUCAUCUGCUCUGUUCCGCAAUCUCCUCAACUCUAAUGCUCCUCGCACUACUUCUGUCGCGCCUCGCUUCUUCAAUACGAAUGCUCAAAUGACGACAUACGAUGACGAUGAUCGCAGAGAUGUCGAUGUUGAUCGCCGCUCUGAUCGAUUUGUCAAUCGCCGCGGGGACCCCUUCUUUCCAGAUUUUUUCGAUCCGUUUGCGCCAACGAAGAGCCUGAGCCAGAUGCUGAAUUUCAUGGACCAGAUAACUGACCGUGGAUUCGGUGCAGUUUCUGGCCGAAGGGGCUGGGACGUGAAAGAGGACAACGAGGCCCUGAAGCUUCGAAUGGACAUGCCAGGGAUCGACAAGGACAAAGUGAAGAUAUCAGUGGAGCAGAACGUGCUUAUAAUCAGAGGCGAGGAGGAUGAAUCGGAAGGCGAAGAUGGGAGGAGGUACAGCAGCAGGAUUGAAUUGCCGCAGAAUGUGUAUAAGGUGGAUGAAAUUAAAGCGGAGAUGAAGAAUGGUGUGCUCAAGGUUCGGGUUCCGAAAGUGAAGGAAGAGGAGAGGAAGGAUGUGUUCCAGGUUAAGAUCGAGUGAGAGCUGGGUUUAGUGUUCAGGGUUUAUGUACUGUGAUCAAUAUCAAGCUGUUUUGUUUUGAAUAAGAAUGAAAUUUGUUUGAUGGGAAAAA